AUGAUGCACGCGACUUUUCUACUCAGCGCUCUGAGCACCGCCACAGCCAGUGCGACGCAAUCGGCCUCCGCAACAGCGACCAACACCAUUGCCGUACACAGCAGGAACAAUCGAACCUUGGCAUUUCACAAGGACCCUCUUCGGCCUAUCAACGACACAUCCGAUAAUGUCCCACCCCAAAGUACCCUCCUCAGAACUUACGGACGGGAAAUUGACGGGACUCACAAUCUCUUGGUUUUGAACAUUCAAGGCUGGGGCGGCACGCACUGCCAAGAUGGCACGCAGCUUGGCUCAAGCUUCCGUGUGAAAGACGUAAAUCGCCAUGGCAAGUGCCAUGCUUUUGAUCCACCAGUCGGCAGUCUAGAUUUUGGCUGGCACAUGAAAGGCUAUUGGUGGGAGCAUCAUGAAGAUUACGGUGAGCAAGAUACUGACGCACUCAGCUCUUAAUAGUGAUUGCGCUAACGUAUUGUGUUGCAGGUGACUGUAAAUUGGAACUCUGGUCAGGCUCAGCAUGCGAUGGAGAGUACUUUGGCGCAGCCACACAUGUAUAUCAAGCGUCCCCAUCCUACGACUUCUCCUGUCCCCUGCUAAUGCCACAAUUAGGUAAAUCGAGAGAUGGGCAACAAGGAGUACAAGCACUUUACGUGUCUUGGAGACCAGGAAGGAGACCGCGGAGAUCGCAUCGGAAGCAUCAGGCUGAUGUGUACAAAAGACGGCUGGUACUCCGAGAAUGACAAUCUAGAUCCAGGGCCAUCCGCGGAGAUAGGUCGUCAGUACAAAAAUUCCGUCACUUAUUGAUGCUGCUGCUUACUGACUAACAAUUUGCACCGUAGCAACGCCAGUGCUGCCAAAUAUCAUGCCCGGCGAAGUCACCAUUCGUACUGUGACAUAUCCAGCAACGACUAGGGUUCUUGGGUCCGACGAGACGGCUCAAGUCUUCGUCCUCGGGACGAAGAGCAGAAUGAGAUACAUUCAUGAAGCACAUGUGGCAACGGAAACAAUCAUGGGUAUGCAACCGAGUGGAUCGUGA